GUCCUUGGGGGAUCCGUCCACUACUUCCGUGUCCCCAGGGCCUACUGGAAGGACCGUCUGAUGAAGAUGAAGGCUUGUGGCAUCAACACCCUCACCACAUACGUGCCCUGGAGUUUACACCAGCCGGAGAGAGGCGCCUUCCACUUCCACACCCAGCUGGACUUGCAAGCUUACAUCAACCUUGCAGCCGAGUUGGGCCUGUGGGUGAUUCUCCGGCCAGGACCCUAUAUUUCCUCUGAGCUGGAUUUAGGGGGACUGCCAAGUUGGCUUCUCCGCGAUGGGAACAUGAGGCUGAGGACAACUUACCCAGAAUUCACUGAAGCUGUCAACGCUUUCUUUGAUAAACUCAUUCCCAAAGUCGUUCCCUUGCAGUUUAAGAAAGGAGGCCCCAUUAUUGCAGUGCAGUUGGAAAAUGAAUAUGGAUCCUUUGCCAAGGAUGAGAGUUAUAUGCUUUUCAUCAAGGAGGCUUUGCAGUCCAGAGGAAUCAGUGAACUCCUGCUUACGUCAGACAGCACCAGUGGAUUGAAGGCAGGGGGUGUGACUGGAGUCAUCAGGGCGUUGAAGCUUCAGAAAUUAAAUCGGAGGGACUUACAGACUCUGCUCGCUCUCCAGCCUAACAACCCUAUGAUGGUGAUGGAUUACUGGACGGGAGGGUCCGAUGUGUGGGGGGAUCUUCACAAUGUGCUCCCCUCAGAAGACAUGGUGUCCACCGUGCGGGAGAUUCUCAGGCGAGGGAUGUCCGUCAACCUUUACAUGUUCCACGGCGGGUCCAGUUUCGGCUUUAUGAGCGGAGCGCUUGCGGAUCCUUCUUUUAAAGCGUUGGUCCAAAGCUACGACUAUGACGCUCCGCUGUCCGAGGCCGGGGACUACACACCGAAGUACCACCUCCUGAGGGACCUGUUCAGUCGAUACAGCAGGGAGAAUUUCCCUAAUAUGCCGGCACUGCAUUAUAGGGAAUCAUACGAGCCGGCUGUUAUGUACCAGCACCUGUCCUUGUGGGAGGCCUUGAGCUUCACUGAGGGGCCAUUUAAGUCGUCCAAGCCGGUAAACAUGGAGAGUCUGCCGGUGAACAACGGGAACGGCCAGUCGUAUGGCUACGCUCUGUAUGAGACCGCCAUCACCAGCGGGGGCUUAUUGAAAUCUGGAGACAACGUUCGAGACCGCGCCCUGGUGUUUGUAGAUAGACGCUACGUCGGGAUUUUCAAGCGCUGGACUUUGGAGCUGGCCGUUCCUGAUGGUAAGGGGCGGCGGACCUUGAGCUUGCUGGUGGAGAACUGUGGUCGGCUGCAUCAGGGGGAAGACCUCGAUAAUCAGCGCAAAGGCCUCCUGGGAGACAUUUUAUUAAACGGUAUCCCUUUGCGGGAUUUUACAAUCUACGCCCUGGAUAUGAAACCCGACUUUAUUGACAGUCUCUAUCAAGCGCCUUGGAAGGCCCUACCGGAGGGCCCCAGCUUCCCGGGCUUCUUCAUGGGGAGACUGUUCACGUAUGGUUAUCCCAGCGACACGUUUGUGAAGCUCCCAGGCUGGGGUAAAGGCGUCGUGUUCAUCAACGGACUGAACCUGGGACGUUACUGGUCAAUUGGUCCCCAGCAAACUCUCUACCUCCCCGGGCCCUUUCUCAACAGCGGCAUCAACCAGAUCAUUGUGUUCGAGGAGCAAGAGGCGGACUACAAGAUCCAGUUUGAGGACACGGCUGACCUCGGCAUGGCAGCGGACAUACUGUGACUGUCCUCCCUUAGCUGCCCGUAACGUGGCGAAACGUAGACAUGGACACUGUUUCCUGCAGCUUUUGUCGUCUUCUCUCUACCAUGUUCAGUGCUGGCUGCCACAUCAGGGGGGGUUUUUUUCCGUCUCUGCAAAGUGUCAGCGUAGUUUUCUAACAUGUCAUAAACCCUCUCCGGACACCGACGUGCAUUGCCAGGGCAGGUCAGUGGAUUUGAUUUUGCCUGCGGAUAUUGAUCCUUUUCAGGCAGUCUUACGGACAGCAAAAUAACAUUCUGAGACCCGAGACCCGGCCGAAACCGUGCCAACAUCAUCAAGCAUCACUUCCAAAUGAGCGGUGUACCGUAAGCAAAGCGCUUACACGCAGAUAAAUAAAUAAAAAGAAGGUUAUGUCAAGUGGUUCCAUGUAACUGUGUUAAGUAAAUGGUGAUUUUACCACUCGACACAACGUUGUUAACAAAAUCCAACAGUUCAGUUUUUUUUGAGCGUAC